AAUUGUUUCACCUAAUGAUUGGAUACAAUAUAAUGGAUACUACUUAAAAAUUAUUCAAAUAUUUUCAAAUAAUAUUUCACCUUCUUCAAACAUUUCAACAAAAGAAUUUAUUGAAUCUAAUGUUGUGAGAAUUUCUGAAGAUACUAUAAUUGAAUUUAGUAAUCAUCAAAAUGAAAAAUCAAAUAACUCAUUAAUAGAUCAAAAAUUUCAAAAUAAAUCUCAAUGGAUGGAUAAAGUAAAAGAAAAAAUAGGUGGAUUGAAUGAAAUUAUUUCAGAAAUUAUUGAACAAAUUCAUCUGUUCACUAUUACUGCCAUGAAUAAUAAAUAUAGAAAAGGUAUUAAAAAAAGUAAAGGAAUUAUAUUAACUGGAAAACCUGGUACUGGAAAAACUACUUUAGCUUUAUUUUUAGCUGAAUUUUCUGGAUUACCAUUUACUGUUAUAAAUUGUCCUGAUAUUUUUAAAACUGAUGAAGGAGAAGGAGAAAAUGAACUUUGUUUAAUAUUUGAAUCAAUGAUGAAUCAUUAUCAAGCAUCUAUAAUUAUCUUUGAUGAAAUUGAUAUUAUUUCUGAUAAAAUAGCAAGUGUUCGUACAGGAGUUGAAUCCAAAUUAUAUUCAGUGUUGAUAAAAUUUAUUGAUUCAAUCAAUGAUAAUAAUUUGCAAGACAAAGGCCAAAUAUUUAUUAUUGGAUUAACAAACAGAUUACAUGCUAUAAAUAAUAACUUGUAUCGAUCUGGGAGACUUGAUAAAAUUUAUGAACUUAAUAUUAAAAAACCUGAACAAAGGCUACAAGUACUUAAAAUCAUGACUAAAAAGAUUCCAUUCAUAACGGAAGAAAAAGAUUUAAUUUUGAAGAAAAUCAGUCAAAUAACUCAUGGAUUCGUAGCUACUGAUUUACAAAAUUUAUGUACAAAAGUUGCAAUGGAACUUAUACAGAAAAUUUCCAAUGAAAAAGUGGAUGAGAAUAGAGAACCUAUUCCAAUUUUUGCUACAUUAAACCAUUUUGAAAAUGCACUUAAAGGAAUUAAACCUUCAAAUUUAAAUGAAUAUCAAACAAAGAUUUCCGAUAUUAAAUUUUCUGAUAUUUUUGGUAUUGAUAAUAUAAUAGAAGAUUUAAAGUUAACAAUUAUUGAACCAUUCAAUAAUCCACAAGAGUUUUCACAAUUUGGAAUUUCUCCACCAAAAGGAAUUCUUAUUUAUGGACCACCAGGCGUUGGAAAGACAAUGCUUUGUUGUGCUAUAGCAGCUGAAAUAGGGAUUAAUUUUAUGCUUGUAGAGAGUUCGCAAAUUGUAUCAAAAAUAGUUGGAGAAUCUGAGAAUAAUAUUGCAAGAAUAUUUGCUCAAGCUAAAGAAAGUUCUCCUUGUGUUUUAUUUAUUGAUCAAAUUGAUGUUUUGGCACCAGUUCGAGGAAGUAGUAUGACUUCAGAAAAUACUGGAGAAAGAAUAGUAACUAGUUUAUUAGUAGAAAUGGACGGUUUUUUUACUCCCAAACAUAGAAAUGGACCUGAAGUGGAUGUUCUUGUUAUUGCAGCAACCAACAGACCCGAAAUAAUUGAUACUGCAUUAUUAAGACCCGGAAGAUUAGAUCAACAUAUUUAUAUUCCACCACCUAAUUUAAAGCAAAGAAAGAAAAUUCUAAUUGGAAAAUUCCAAACAAUUCCUACUUCAUUAUCAGAAGAUCAAAUCGAUACAUUAUUAAAUGAUACAGAAGAUUUUUCUGGAGCAGAUUUGGAUAAUUUAUGUAGAGAAGCGGCAUUAACAAGUAUUAGAGAAAGCAUAAAUAAUAAAGUGGUUACAUUUAAUCAUUUUAUUAAGGCGAAAUCUGUUUGUGAAGCUUCUUUAUUAAACUAUAAACCAAUUCAUCCAUUCAAAUAAACAUUCAAAAUGGGCGGAACCGUAUCAGAUAACUGAUCAAUAGACGCUUUUUUCAUUAUUUUUUACUUUUUUU